GCAUCAUGUCGUAUCGCAGACGUGGAACUACACGUUGUUCAUGAAUGCAUACACGGAUGCCGAGCGCAAAAAUCUGCUGACACCGGUCAUGGAUGUGGACCUCAAUCAGGAGGUUUGGAUCGAGCUGAGCACGGACGGACUGCAAGGGGGGGCGGUCAAACUGGUGACCGACUCCUGCUGGGUGACCAGUGAUCCUUUGCCCACGGCAGAUUUGAAGUACGACCUCAUCAUUGAUGGCUGCCCAGACCUCAAUGACGGUACCGUGGGAAUAGAGGGCAACGGGUUGGGAACGAGCAACUACUUCUGGUUCCGUAUGUUCCAGUUUGUGAGCAGCAGCGACUUCUACCUGCACUGCGAAGUGAACCUGUGUGUGGAACAGGACUGUUCCCCGGAUUGCAGUCAGCCUGGAGGCAGGAGACGCAGAGCCUUACAAGAAAGCAGAGGCGAGAGGCUGAGAGACAAAAGAAGCGGUGACUUCAUCUCGAUGGGGUGGAGCAAUUAGGUGACCCAGUUUCAGGCCAGUAUGACGGACUCGUGCUUGAAGUCAAGCAGGGUGUGAUAGCGUUACAUGGACAGAGCAGUGACAAAUCAGCCAUGUUUCUGCUGAUUGGGGACAAUGAUUUGAUUGAUUUAAAAAUGGAAGAGGGGUUUUUGAAUAUAUUAUGCAUACAAUGGAACCCGCUUAAACCGGUCCCGCUUAUGUCAAGUUCAGGGGUGUCCCUAAAAAU